AUGCAUAUACCAGCGUGGAAAAAAUGCACAUUUCUGGCACAUAUGAGGCCAAAAAUACACUUUUAACGAGCCACACAUGCAAAGGGGGCGUUGACUGUCGCAUUACAUAAAACUGGUGUAUCAUUUGGACAGAACCAAGCUCGCUGCUGAGGGCUGCCUCUGGACCACUGCUCAGCGUCCGAGGAGCGAAGACAAUCACUGUAUUCACCAAAGGGUAGGGUUACUACUAGUUUGGUAGUUUUGUUAACCACACGCUCUGGGUUACUUUUUAUCGCACUGAAACCAGGCUCGCUGUAACGCACCACACGAAAGAUGGCGGCAGCCCUGAUGAGGAUAGGACGGCUGGGCCGUGGCAAGAGUUUGCAAGCAGAGAGCUGGAUCACUCUCAGCAGAGCACCCGCAGCCAUUACUUUUAGCUCAAAGUCAGGGAGUUCCAAGAAGUCAUCAAAAAAGAACAACACAGACAAAAAAGAGGCUAAAACAUACUUCGAUAUAGAGAAGCUUGUUCAACACAAGUCGUAUGAGCUUCCCAAGAAACAUGUCUCUGCAGCAGCAGCAGCAGCAGCUGCUGUACGUGCCAUGGAGCCCACACCCUCAACUGUUGCACCUGAGGCUGUGGUAAACACCCUUCCAGUCCAGGACGUGGCCACUCCCACUGCUGAAGCUAUUCCCAAGCCUGCUUCAAUAGCUGAAGACGCAUCUGUUGUGGAAUCGCCCUCUGAAGCUGCACAACCAGUGGAAGCUACACCUGUGGCUGAAGUUAACGCCGAAGCUGCUCCAGCUGUUGAAGCCAUACCUGCCGCUGACGCUGCACUGGUGCUUGAGGCUGUUGCUGAAGCGGUCCCCGUGGUUGAAGCGGUCAUUGAAGCGGCCCCUGUGGUUGAAGCUGUUAUUGAAGCUGCUGCUUCUGUAGUUGAAGCCGCCAGUCCUCCGCCAACUGAAGCCGCUGUCCCUGCAGCAGAAACUCCCACCGCAGUUCCUGAAGACCCUGUUUCUGAAGGACCACUAGUGCCUGAAGCAGCUCCAGCAGCCGAUGAAGCGGCCCUCAAAGCUACAACUGCUGAAGCUGUUAGUGAAGCCCCUGUGGCUGAAACUGUCUCUGAAGCUCUUUUAGCUGAAGCCCCUGCAGAAGCCUCCCCCAAACCUGUGGCUGAAGCUGCCGCUGUGGCUGAAGCUGCCCCUGUAGAAGCAGCUCCAGAGCCUGUGGCUGAAGCUGCCCCUGAGCCUGUGGCUGAAGCUGCCCCUGUAGAAGCUGCCCCUGAACCUGUGGCUGAAGCUGCCCCUGUAGAAGCUGCCCCUGAACCUGUGGCUGAAGCUGCCCCUGUAGAAGCUGCCCCUGAACCUGUGGCUGAAGCUGCCCCUGUAGAAGCUGCCCCUGAGCCUGUGGCUGAAGCUCCCUGUGAACUGCCUGAACCUGUGGCUGAAGCUGCCCCUGUAGAAGCUGAGCCUGUGGCUGAAGCUGCCCCUGUAGAAGCUGCCCCUGAACCUGUGGCUGAAGCUGCCCCUGUAGAAGCUGCCCCUGAGGCUGUGGCUGAAGCUGCCCCUAUCGAAGCUGCCCCUGAGGCUGUGGCUGAAGCUGCCCCUGUAGAGGUGACUCCAGAUCCUGUGGCUGAAGCUUCAGGGCAGCAGGUGGAGGCCCUACCCGAACCGGUUGAACCAUCUGAGGCACAAAUCGACCCAAUACAGAAGCUGUUCUUGGACUCCAUACGCCAGUACUCCACACAAAGCCAGGCUACUGGGAAGCUAGUCGAUGCAGAUUCAGACUACGAGAAGGCUUUGGCAGAGGAGAUUGCAAAGCUUCAGAGACUCUACGGUGGUGGAGACCUCUCAUCUUUCCCAGAGUUCAAGUUUACAGAGCCCAACCUGGACGAAGUUUCCCAGAAGUGAACAUCGUCACUCAUCCACUCGCCCCAUUUUCUUUUACAUAUGUGGUCCAUCGUGUAAUGUUACAUUAAUGUCAGAGUCGCAACAAAUCCUUACGUCUUGCUUUGUGCAAAGAGAAUGCGUUUUCUCUUUUUUUAUGGGAAUAGAAGUUAAAGCAUUAGAAGUAUAUUUUGGUAGACGGAGUGAACAACAAGCUGUGAAUUAAGCUUUGGGUAGACUGACUCCAUUACUGUGUGUGUGUAUGUAGAAAAAAAUUAAUAAAUUUCCGUGUCUAAACCUC